CUUCUUUCUUACUUGGCGUUCAUUUUUUCACAACACUACCGUUUCCACUUCACUUGUUUUCCCCCUUUCCCCCACAUUUCUCCUCCCGCUCCGCCACACGCCGCCGCUUCUCCCUCCUCCACUAUGCAAUCAACCUUCGUCUCCCUGCCAUGCCCUCUCUCAUCGCCCGCCACGCGGCUCCGCCGUCCCGCCGCCGUCCGGAUCACAGCCCAAUCCCCGCCCGCCGUCGCCUCGCCGCCGUCCGCCGUGACCCAGAAGCUCAACAAGUACAGCGCCCAGGUGACGGAACCCAAGUCGCAGGGCGGGUCCCAGGCCAUCCUCCAUGGAGUGGGUCUCUCCGACGAAGAUCUGACCAAGCCCCAGGUGGGUAUCUCGUCGGUUUGGUACGAAGGGAAUACCUGCAACAUGCACUUGCUGAAGCUCUCCGAGGCAGUGAAGCAAGGGGUUCAGGAGGCUGGAUUGGUUGGGUUCAGGUUUAAUACGAUCGGAGUGAGCGAUGCCAUCUCGAUGGGGACGAGAGGGAUGUGUUACAGCUUGCAGAGCAGGGACUUGAUCGCGGAUAGCAUCGAGACCGUCAUGAGUGCGCAGUGGUACGAUGGGAAUAUCUCCAUUCCUGGCUGUGACAAGAAUAUGCCAGGUACAAUUAUUGCAAUGGGAAGGCUUAAUAGGCCUAGCAUCAUGGUGUAUGGUGGAUCUAUAAAGGUUAGACACCCUGGCCAUUUCAAUGGUCAUACCUAUGAUAUAGUAUCUGCAUUUCAGGUUUAUGGCGAAUAUGUUAGUGGAGCUAUAAGUGACGAGCAGAGGAAAGAAGUAUUGCGGAAUUCCUGUCCUGGUGCUGGUGCCUGUGGUGGAAUGUAUACCGCCAAUACAAUGGCUUCGGCUAUUGAAGCCAUGGGAAUGUCUCUUCCAUACAGCUCUUCACUCCCUGCUGAAAGUGAUUUGAAGCUGGAUGAAUGUCGGUUGGCUGGAAAAUACCUUUUAGAGUUACUUAAGAUGGACCUGAAACCGCGGGACAUCAUAACUCCUGCCUCACUACGUAAUGCAAUGGUUACUGUCAUGGCACUAGGUGGAUCUACCAAUGCCGUGUUGCAUUUGAUUGCGAUUGCAAGGUCUGUUGGUUUGGAGCUGACACUGGAUGACUUCCAGAAGGUCAGUGAUGAGGUUCCAUUCCUUGCUGAUCUAAAACCCAGUGGGAAGUAUGUUAUGGAGGAUCUUCACAAGAUUGGAGGAACACCUGCGGUACUCCGCUAUCUCUUGGAACUGGGCUUUUUAGAUGCAGAUUGCUUGACUGUGACUGGGAAGACGUUGGCUGAAAAUCUGAAACCCUGUCCUCCUUUGUCAGAGGGUCAGGAAAUCAUAAGAUCUGCUGACAACCCCAUCAAGAAGACAGGUCACCUCCAAGUAUUACGUGGAAACCUUGCACCAGAUGGUUCGGUAGCAAAAAUUACAGGAAAAGAAGGGCUUUAUUUCUCUGGUCCCGCACUCGUUUUCGAAGGGGAAGAAUCUAUGAUGAAGGCUAUCUCUGAAGAUCCUAUGAGCUUUAAAGGGAAAGUGGUGGUCAUUAGAGGAGAGGGACCCAAGGGCGGUCCUGGCAUGCCAGAAAUGCUAACACCAACUAGUGCAAUAAUGGGAGCUGGUCUUGGGAAGGAUUGUGCAUUAUUAACUGACGGGAGAUUUUCGGGUGGUUCACAUGGAUUUGUCGUCGGCCACAUAUGCCCUGAAGCACAGGAAGGUGGUCCCAUUGGUCUCGUUAGAAACGGAGACGUAAUCACAAUCGAUGUGAAAGAAAGGAGAAUAGAUGUUGAAGUAACCGACGAGGAGAUGGAACUGAGGAGAAAGACUUGGACUCCGCCCCCGUACAAGGCUACCUCUGGGGUUCUCUACAAGUACAUCAAGAACGUCCAGUCGGCUGCCAGAGGGUGCGUUACAGACGAGUAACUAGAUACAAUCAUACAACAUGGUAGGCUCCAAAAUUCACGAUUGCGGAACUGACAUGCUUCCUGCAGCUUCAUCACCACCGGCUGUUUCUAUCUUGAGAAAAUCAAAUGCGGCUAUGGAAAUUUUGGUUUAGGUUAGUUAAGUAUGGAAUCCUUGUGCAUGGUUUCAGUGUUGUUAAAUUCCUUGUGCGAUCUCCUAUUGCUUAGUUAGUUUGGUGUCUGUUCGAUGAACUGUGUUGCCUAAGUUGUAUAGAAUGGACCAAGUUACCGACUCGUAGUUUUGCUGAUCAACAAGCGAAAAACAUUGUUGGCUAUUGAUUAGUCGUCGACAGUAGCAGAGCUAUAUAGUUCUAUACAAAACAAUGGCUCGAUAGAGAAGUUCAAGAGAGAGCUGAUUCAGCUGAGGGUCAAGCCUACUCCUGGUAUCCAUUUCUACAUGGAAAUAACUGUUCCUCAAUACACAGAGAAAGGAAUGACAUUGGAUGAUAGAUGCUUCAUCCAGUCUUGACAAAAAUGAGUAGCCCUUUGAUUAAACGACGGGUUCGACUCAAAAUUUAAUAGCACCAGUGUUGUUGACUGGAUAAUAGAUGCUUCACCAAACUAUUCAGGAUGUAGACAUUGCUUUAUAACCUUCCUUCUCAAGAAGACUUACUAUGUUCAUAUCCCCAGUCCUUAUAAUUCUUCCAUCCUCCUACAAAAUACCGUACCAGGGGAAGGCUGGAUGAAUUCCAAAAGCCGUCGAUAAUGUGUAACCAUCAAAACAGACUUCUUAGGCGUCAAGAGUCCAUUUACUGCUUUCGCAACAUCUUGGAGAGCAUCGACAUCCAGACCAGAAUCAAUCUCAUCUAAGACGGACAAAUCUGCUUCCAGAACCGCGAGCUGUAGAAUCUCGUUCCUUUUCCUUUCACCACCGCUGAACCCUUCGUUAACAUUUCUAUUUAGAAAAUCACUUUUCAUGUUCACAAGCUCAAGCUUGGGAAACAGGGAAUGAUACCUCAAUUGGUCCAAGCUCGGGAAGACCUAGUUUUCUUCUUCGAGCAUUGUAAGCCAUAUUUAGGAAGUCGCUAUUGCUGACACCAGGGAUUUCUACUGGGGACUGAAAGCUCAUAAAAAGCCCUGCAAGGGACCUGUCCUCCGGCUCCAUGUCAAGCAAGUUCUCCCCUUUAAAGACAACGCUACCUCCGGUAACUUCAUAAUGUGGAUGGCCAACAAGAACCUUUGAGAAUGUGCUUUUCCCAGAACCAUUUUUGCCCAUUAUAGCAUGGACCUAUUCCCUCAUUCACGACUAGGUUGACGCCCUUGAGAAUCUCCUGUCCCGUUUCGGCAAUCACGGCCUUCAAAUCUCUGACUUCGAGCAACGGCUUCUUCCCCGGACCGCCGGCACUCUCGUCGGAAGCAACUGUGGGGAGGGCCGUCGCCGCCAGAGGCCUGACGGUGAGGCGGCGGCGGUUGGUGGUGCCGAAGCAGAGACGAGUGGGAGUGGUGGGAUGAGGGAGGAAGCUGAAAUUGAACGCUAGUCGAUUGGGCUUGGACGAAGCGGCGACCGGAUUCGGAGUCGGAAGAGACGGCGACGGACGCGAGGAAGAGGAGAAAUGAAGACGUUGAGCCAUGGUUGGUGACGGGCUUGUUCGAGGAAUGGCGUCUGGUCUGGAGAAGAUGAAGAAG